AUGUCUCUUAGCGGUUCGGAUUUUGCUGCUAGUAAUGCUCAUGAUGGUGUCUUCCGCAAUGCUCCAUUUUCCAUCUUAAGGCUUAACAGCUCACAUUUGACUUCUGUGCUCUUGCUAUUUUGCGUCAACUUCCUUAAUUACAUGGAUAGAUUUACAAUCGCUGGUAUUCCUGAUAUGAUAAGGAGCUAUUACCGCAUUGAUAGCAAGCGGCUUGGUCUUUUGCAAACGUCUUUUAUAAUGUCUUACAUGUUCCUGAGCCCUGUGUUUGGCUACUUGGGCGAUAGAUGGAAACGCAAAUAUCUACUGGUUAUUGGGCUCUUUAUUUGGUCUAUGGUGUCUCUUGCCAGUUCUUUCGUACCUUCCAGCAAUUUCGGACUAUUUCUCAUACUAAGAUGCAUAGUUGGCGUUGGUGAAGCUAGUUACUCCACUUUGGCACCUACUAUUCUAACUGAUCUUUUCACUGGAAACUCUCGUACCUCUGUUCUCGGUUUUUUCUACUUUGCGGUCCCCGUGGGAAGUGGUCUUGGCUUCGUUUUGGGCUCUGCUGUCGCGCAUGCUACCAGCAAUUGGGCAUGGGCACUUCGCAUUACCCCUCCACUUGGACUUUUUUGCCUACUUGCCCUCGUUUUUUUCCACAUGGAUCCACCACGUGGACUGGCUGAUGGUGCAGUUCAUCUCCAUGCAACUUCUUGGUGGUCAGAUCUUCGAAGUCUCUCAUCCAAUCGCUGUUUUUUGCUCCUCUCUGUCGGAUUCACUGGCAAUUGUUUUGUCCUUGGUGCCCUUUCUUGGUUCUCUGUGGACUAUAUUCAAGAUGCCAUAAAUGCGAGAUGUCAUGGAAACGCCUCUGACUACCCCGUAGCACUUCUUUUCGGCCUGAGCACUUGCCUUGCGGGUCUUCUGGGUGUUGUUGUGGGUACUUCCUUGGCACAGAGAUUAAGAGCCUAUUCUAUUCUUGUUGAUGCCUACGUCAGCGGGAUGGGUCUACUUCUGAGUGCUCCUUUUGUGUUUGCAGGCCUUGUCGCACCAAUUUACAAUUUUUAUUUAUGCUUGUCGAUUGUAAUUCCCACUCGUCGGGCGACUGCCAAUGCGUUCCAGAUGCUCAUGACGCAUGCCUUUGGUGAUGCUAUCAGUCCCUUCAUUAUCGGCAUCAUCGCUGAUGCUCAGCAAACGCCUGAGUCGGUGAUGUCGCGCUACCUGGGCAUGCAACGGGCCCUUUUUAUUAAUGUAUUCAUUUGCAUCCUAUCCGGAUUCCUACUCCUUUGCGCUUCCUGGUACUUAGAGCCAGCAAAGGCGCGUGUCCAAUUUAUUGUUGAUGCCUCAAGGGUGGAGCACCUCGACGUUCACGAGGCGGAGAUGGAGGCAGAAAGACGGCCGCUUUUACCUGGUGACGAUUACGGCACAUUAGCGCAACCCGCUUCCUGGCUGUCCUUUGCACAAUCGAACGUCGUGGUUUCAUGA